AUGGUUGAUAUGCAAAUCUCGCCGUUUGCGGAACUUCUUUUUCUCCGCCCAUUGGCUGCUGCGGACGGAGUCGCCGUAGCUCCGCCGCCCCCAAGGGAGGACCAGGCUCCACCUCACCGCGGCCACUACGGAGUUUGCGCACAAACGGUCUCUAGAGAGGCGGCGACGACGGCGGCCAACAGGAGCGGAGCCGCUUCCCGGCCGCGCGCUGAGAAGGAGCAGCCUGAUUGGUUCCCGUCAGCCGUGACGCGGGCGCUUCUCUCGGCCGACGAAGAGGCGCUCUUCUCGGCCUCGGGUGCUACGCCAGCCCCCGGCUUGCGGCCUCGACGGAAGGGAAAAAAAAUGUCCCUCUAUGAUGAUCUGGGAGUAGAAACCAGUGAUUCCAAAACUGAAGGCUGGUCCAAAAAUUUCAAACUUCUGCAAUCUCAGCUGCAAGUGAAAAAAGCCGCUUUGACUCAAGCAAAGAGCCAGCGGUCGAAACAAAGCACAGUCCUUGCUCCUGUCAUCGACCUGAAACGGGGCAGUGCUUCGGAUGAGCGCCAGAUAGCGGACACCCCACCCCACGUGGCGGCUGGCUUGAAGGACCCGUCCCCAGUGGCUUUUCAGCAGGAGACGUAUUGAUCCCUUUAGCGGAUGAGUAGAUCCGAUGUUCCCGAACGAUUACGAGAAAGUCGUAAAACGCCAGCGGGAGGAACGGCAAAGGCAGCGCGAGCUUGAGAGAGCAGAAAGAGAUUGAGGAGAGGGAGAAGUGAGUCCUCAGCAACCCCAUGGUCAUGUGAUCAAAAAUUUAGACCCUUGUCCUGUCAACAUGUGCCGACAGCAGCCAGAAUUGUAUCUGCACAAUUUGGAAAAAUGAGGGAACUCCUACAGAAUGAAAAGCAGAAUUAAAAAAAAAAUAGUACACUGUGGCAGAAAUGGAUAGGUUAACAUUCAAGAUAAAGGAUAAAGAGGAUACAGAAUAUUUUUUAACAUGGGAUUUGUUUUUCAAAUGGUAAGAUAAUAGAGGUAGAAACUAGAAGUUGGAAGAAUACUACUAUAUACAAGUAAAUAUUGUUGUUACUAUUAUUAAUAUGUGUAGGUAAAUUGACAAUACA